AUGCCUCGAUUCCGCGAACGCGGACCCCUGGACUCAGCCACUUCGAUGAGGGUCCAUCGACCGUACAGCGAGCUCGAGUCCCCGCCUUCCGGCCAAGCUCCACGCUCGCUCGACAUCGCCAUGAGGGAGCUUGAGGCCGACCUUCAGUGCUGCGAGAGCGACAGUGAUGAUCACCUUAGUGAAGCCGCGCAUACUCCACCGAGCUCCGACGAGUACCCAUUGCCUUCACACAAGAGAUUUCUCAAGAUCAACGAUGCAGGCCGCCGAACACUAGGCCAGAUCGUUCAAGAAGCUAACCUGUGUGUCGUGUCCCUACGAGCAUUCGAUCGCGACGAUCCGGCCUUCGACCAACUCACCGAGCGCCUCCAUUUCCUUAAGGAUGAGUAUCAGAAGGCUCAGAAAAUUGACCACGGUAACGAUCUGGGUGGCUAUGUUGGCAAAUCCAUUGAAGAAGAUUUCGAAGAUGACUAUCUACACUACAAUGAACACUAUGACGAAAUUCCUGAAGCCGGUAACAAUAUCCAGAGGUCUAUGAGGCCUUCUGGCCGGAUUGGUAGCAAGAAUGCACCUUUCAUCAGUACCGUCUUGUCACUAAUGGACGCGGAGCAGCGUAUGGGGAAGAAGUGGAGCACGGUGAAGGUUAAGAAUGGAGACAAGAAGUCCCAUCCCGCGUACGCAGAUCGCUCCAAUCCCCAGGCAGUAGACCAGAACACUCACUUCCGGUCAUCUGCACCAUGGCUACGUGCUUCCGUUGUGAAGAAGGCAGAAGACCAAAAUUCUCCCAAACUCAAAACCUUCAACGAAGUCCAUCGCCGAUUUCACGAGCAGCAUGAGCCUGAUGAAUUACCUUCUUACGAAGACAACUUCCAGCAUCGAGACCAUCACGAACCUCAUCAUGGGCCUUCUUGCCAUAAUUCUGCUGUUCAACAGCCAGAAGUUACCUCUUCGUCUCCGCAACCUGAGUAUCCGAAUUUUCCAAACGGCUGGAAGAACUGUGGUACUUGCGCGACCUGCACUGGCGGAGAUGUCACUGUUCUACCGUCAGCUAACAGCGCAGCUGACCGGAUGUCGCAAGAGGCCCACCGAGGUACCUCUACAGUCAAGGUACACCACGUUGACUCUCCUCACUUCGAAGACGGUAUCAAGAUCUUCGACCUUCCAACCUGCUCCGAUGUCUCCAAUGUGAAGGUACACACCGGCUCUCAUGUCGUCAAGGAUGGUGUUUCAACUGCCCAUAUUUCCACCCGCAAGCAAGAUCAGUCUGCCAAGACCAAAGCUGAGGACAGGAAGCAGGUUGCUGCAACAAGUGACCGUAUCCUUGAAGGCGGCUACACGGUAUUCGAAGGUUACAGCGACUCUGGCUCCGAAAUCGUUCCGGUCAUUCCCAAGUUAGGUCACCGUACAAAGCCCUCUGACUUCAAGACCGCCACUGGCUCUGCACCUUUCCGCAACCCUGCUGCGCCGAACGAAUUCAUGGUCGACGAGUUCCUGGAAGUCGCCGACUACAAUUUUACCCGCGAUGAAGCAUUCGAGGUCCUCCGUAUGUGCGGCGCGAACCUGGUUGCUGCUAUCUCCAUGUACCACAACGCCCAAGCAGCUGCUCAAUUCUAUACGAAAAAGGCCGAUGAUCAAGGCAAGCAAUGGGGAGCCACAUCUGAGAAAGAGGUCGGUGUUGAAGAGGAUGAGCGCCAGCCUAUCACAAGAAUCAUGAAUGUGAGGGAUGCCUUGGCGCUCCUAGGUUUACAGGCCUUUAGCUCAGUGGACAUGGUCACCCUACAAGAUGGCUUCGACAACCAACUUGCUUGGCAGGAAAGCUUUCCCGAAGCGCGGCAGCAGCUUCAUCAGGCUUUCGACACCAUCACCCAGCAUCAGAACGACAAUGAUUGCUGGGAGUUAUUGAAACAAUCCAAGGACCGAUUCAAGGCACUCCAACCUUCCAAUGGCAAACCCAAGCCAACAAAGGAGGGCAAGCCUAAGAAGCAGGAGCAGCAAGACAAUACGGUCAAGACAACUCCCGCCCGUGCAGUCAGUCCUGGAAUCGAUAGCCGGGACAACUCCUUGGUAGGAGAGUGGGGCCACUGUGAGAAGUGUGGAGCGCUUUACGAUGAGACCAACCACGUUUGUGAGAUUGCUACAUCUAAUAGCAACCACCUCAAUGCCUCUCAAUCUAUAUGGAGUUUCAGUGGUCCACGAGCCAACGCCUCCGAAUCCAAAGCUCGCGUCUCGACCGCCUACGCCGUUACGUACUGGGCCACCAUCGAAUCCGGUGACAAGAAGGUCCAUAUCCCCGUCGACAGCAGCAAUGUCUCUGGUCCUGAAAAGGCCAUCGUCGAGGGCAGUACCGGUAUGAAGAAAGUUUGGAAGUGGGUUCAAGAGAAGAGUCUCAGCGACAAGGUCGGCCUCCAAGACGCUUUUGAUCUUGCCAAGGACAUGCAUGGCGAGAACGAGGAUGAAGAUUCGUUUGUUGAGGGGCUAAAGUCUGUGAGGUCCAUCUCACGUGCGAGCAGUCCCCAGUUGAGCGCUGCACAUCAAGGUCGCACUGAUCAGCUUGUCUCGAACUUCUGGGGCUGUGAUGAGUUUCCCUGCCAGUGGGUUCCUAAUUGUCGGCACAGAAACAUGACUGUUGGCCGGACAGAGUAA